CUUCGCCCAUGUACAGUUCAAUUGCGUGAUAUUGCUUUAGAUAAAGAUUUAGUUCAAUUUUAUCAAUUGCAUUUAUUGUUAAGAAAAACAAAAUCAUCAAAACAUACAUUAUCUAUUAACACAUCUAAAAAUUCUAAUAAUGUGUUAAAAGAAAUUGUGCAGGAAGAUAAUACUUCAGAGGACAAGAUUUCUUAUAUAACUAAAAGAAAUUCGACAAAAUUGGCAAAAAAAGAAAGUAAAAAUGUUAAUUUUCAGUUAAACAGUAAGAAUAUAGGAAUAAAUAGAGACAUAUCAUUAAACAAUCAAUAUUGCGAAAUAAUUCAAUCAGAUUUUAUACAUCUGAAACAGGAGCUACAAGAUGAAACCAGUAUUGAGUCAUUUUCAAGUAAAAAUUAUUAUGAACCUACUACAUCUACUAGCUCAUCUUCUUACUAUAAUCAGAUACAAAAAUCAACUGUAUCAAAAAAUAAUAAAAAGCUUUCUGGUAUUAGAAAACGGAGGAAAAAACUGAACUGGGAAUGUAAAAAAUCCUAUAAGAAAACAGUUGCAGCUAUAAAAUUAACUCAAGAUAGUUCAGUUGAUGAAAAUUAUUUGAAAGAGGAAGAUUUAACUGAUCAUUAUAUUGAUCAUAAUAGCAAGAGCCAAGAAAUAUCCAGUGAAUCCAUCAUGAAAAGUAAUGAUUUAUAUACAAUUUAUGUUACCAAUGGAUCAAUUCAGGAACAAUGUAAAAAGCAACAUCAAAACAGUAAAGCAAUAUUGAAUCAAAUCAACACAGAUAUAAAACAGAAAAGUUCUAUAAAUAAAACAGCCGAGGAUAUUAAGUUGAGUUUUAUGAAAGAAAACCAAAAUCAAAAGGAUGCAAAUAAAAAAUCGAGCAACAAACCUAUAUCUUUAGCUGUCAAUAAUAUGCAAAAAAUCAAUGCUUCAGAAUCAUUUGACAAAUUAAAUUCCAUCUAUUCAAAAACAUCCAAAAUCGAUUAUAUUAAUAAACUACCUGAUCUUAAAGUGUAUAUUGAAAAACAAUGUAUAGAUAAGAUAAUCAAAACAGAAAAAUCAAAAAAUCUACCAAUAAUAACUGACCACCAUAUUUUACCUAAGGGUAUGGUAAAGAUUUUAAAAAAGAAUAGUGAUGAAAGUUUGCAGAGCAGUGUUUCUGAACAGGUUUCUUUGAAACAAAAUGAUAUUGAUAACAAUACAAAGCAAAUUUUGCAUACUGAUAAGACACUUAAAUCUAUAAAUAUACUUGGAAAAAAAGACUGUUAUAUAUCUAAAAUUAAUGAUAAGUCAAUUGAUAAGUCAAAAAUAUCAAAGUCCAUUCCUAACAAUAAUAUUGAUAUGAAAGAUAAAAAUUUAACUAAUGGUAAGCUCCAUCAUAAAGUAAUUGAUGAUAAAAUCUUAAAUUCUUUAAAGAAAAUAAAAAAUGAUAUUUAUAAUAAAGCAAACAGUCGUGAUACUAACAGUGAUACAACUGAAGUAUAUGAAAAUUACACUUCAAAACUUCAAGAACAAUCAAACAAAUUGGAUAAUGAUAGAGUACAUGACAGCAAUAAAUUACAAGAUAAAUUAAGAGAAGAAAAUAAAUUACAAAAUAAAGAAAAGAUUGUGAAACAGGGUCAAAAACGUAUUGCAGAAGAAAAUACUACAGAUACUAAGCAGAACAAUAAAAAAAGGAAAUUAAAUAGAACUAAUUGGCAGCAUAAUCUAUGUUUUCAAUUGAUAAAUAAACAACUUAAUGAUGUUCCAAAAAUUAAUACAGUGGUAACAGCGAAAUCAAAUAUAUCUAAAAAAAGUGAUUUUGAGGAAGAUAUGGAUUUGCGUGAAUAUUUGAAUAAAAAAGACACAAAACAAUUUCCUUAUCGACCUACAUUUGGGAACAAAUUUAAUAAUGGAAAUAAUGCAGAAUCUGAGCAGACAAAUUUAAAUAAUAAAAGUGUUUUAGUUAGUACAAGAAAUAUCAAAAAGAGAGUUUGCAGAAGACUUUCUUUUGAAGAAUCAACUUCUAGUAAAAGUUCAUCUGAAGAAGAAGAAAAAGAUUAUAUCCAAAAAGAUUCGAUUUGCAAUGAUCAGUCGCAUCAUCUUAGCACAUUACAAAGCUCAUCAGAAAAGAUGCAACACGCAAAUCAAUUAGAUACAAGUAUUCAUAAAAAUACUAAUAUACAACAGCAUAUGAAUAGCACAGAAGAUGAUGAUUGCAUUUCUCUUUUUGCAGAAUCAUUUGAUACGACUAUAUUUGAAAAAACAUUAAGUGAAGAGAAGAAACCAUACAAAUUUAUUCAUUCUGAUUUGCCGUAUAUGAUGACUGCUAAAAGUUUUGAUCAAUAUGUGAAAAAGAAUGCAACAGAAUUUAAUAAGGAGUAUGCAAAAUGUAUAGAAAAUAGUAUAAUAACGUCUAAUAAAAUUGAUGAAGUAAAUAAAGUAAAUAAAGAAUCUAAUGAUCAAAAGGAACAGAUUAUGUGUACGGAAGAUAUGCUUGGGAUCGCAACUACAUCAAAAUUAGUACCUGAAAUCAAAAACGAGGAAAUAUCAAAAUGUCAAAAUUUUCAAAACAAAAGAUUUUUCAAUGGAUAUUGUUUUUCGAUGUUAAGAAAAAAUUUGUGUUACAAUACACCAUGUAUAUACGGACACGAUUUGCAGUAUCUCAUUAAUAGAGUUUGUUCACAAGAUUUCAAAACAAUAUUGGAUAUAAUUCAAGAAGCAUCAUAUCAUGGUUUCUGUUUUUUUUAUGAAACAUUAUUAUCAAGAUUAACUGUUGAUCAGAUUUUAAUAACAUACCAGACAUUUUAUAAUAGGUUAGAAAUGAAUGAUCACUUAAUUAAGAAAAAAAAAAGUCUAACUCAUAAAGUUAUAAAAGAAUUAAUUAAUAAAAAGAUGUCAUUAAGAAUGAUCGUGAAUCAUCUCAUAGAACAUACUGCGACUACUACAAACAAUCUCAUAUUCAUAUUCACAUGUAUAGAAAAAUAUGUAAAAUGUGGUGAAUAUUGGGAUACCCUAAAACCUUUAAUUUUGAGAUUGCCAUCGGAUAAAUAUAUCAUCGUGCAAGUAUUAAUAGAAUGCAUAAAAAAUGAAACAGUUGAUAUUCAAGAUAUUAAUGAUAACUUAAUAAGUAAAACUCCUCCAGAGAUAAUAUCAACGUUGGAUAAAAAUAUAAUAGAACGCUUUAAGAAUUUGUUGACCAAGAAAACUGCAGAAAGUUCUCAUUCUAUCAUUCAAAAUUUUGGAGAAAAUUUAGCGUCGGAAACCAUCGCUUCUCCCGAUGGAAGUACAAACUCUCAACAAUCGAUUUGCAAUGAUACUUUUAUAAAUGAAAUUGCAGAUGAAGGUGAGGACUGUACACCCGAAAUAAAAGAGAGAACUUAUAUAAUGCAAUUUAUCGAUAAUUUACCUGAAGCACGAUCCGUUUAUAGAGAUCAUGAACAUCUCUGGAAAUUUUAUGUGGAUUUAGAUAGAUUUAAAAAGGGACUUGAACAUAAGGAUUAUGAUUAUGUUAUUGAUAUCUUGAAAAAAUAUGUAGAAAAACAAAAUGAAACUCCAUUAUUUAUUCGUUCCUGUUGUAAUAUACUUCGAAAAGAGGUAACACGAUCAGAGUACCACUUAGCAAACAUCAUACGUCGUACAGUCCAACUGGAUGUCUUCAACAUUCUAGGCAAAAUCUUGUUUGACAUAAGCUUAAACAUUUUGACAAAUUUAGUGGACAAGGAAGCCUGGGGGCUUGCACUAUGGUUUAUUCAAUCGCUUAAAAUAUACGAUUUACCAUAUAAUGCUCAAUAUUUCUUGCUAUCAGCUGAAAUUUAUUUAGCUAACAAGAAGGCAGUAGAAGCAUGUGAUUUACUUAAAAACAAAAAUAUUAUAUAUACGAGUCGUGAUAAAUGGUAUGUUAAAAGUACCAUUAAUGACGAAUAUGUAAGAAGCAAAAUAAUGCUCAUCCUAUUGGAUUCAUUUUGUAGUGAAUUUGUUAAACGUGCUUUCUUCCUUUUUCAAUUUUUGCUUAAAGAUCAAAGCAGUCAAUAUUAUCCAAUAGAUUUGUCUCGUUAUGUGGACAAGUUAAUAAUAUUAAUUUUAUUAAAUGAAGAUAAGAGUUUAAUCAUAGAGAUGGCCAACUUAAUACUGAAGUAUACUUUUAUGUUAAGUACAAAAACAUGUCGAGCAUUAACUUCAACAUUAAUUCAUGUGGAUGAAAAUAUAGCCAAGCAGAUAUAUAAUUAUGCUGAAGGUUUAGGUAUUUACUCAACUGUGAAGUUAUGGCCAAUAACAUAUAUAAUUAUAAAUUCUGAUUUAACGGAAGAAGAGAUAUAUCUGGCGUUUUCGCAAUUAUUAAAAAUUAUUGUGUUAAAUUGUGGACAUGCAAUUGAAUUUACCAAACAAAUCAGAGUAUACUUUAUCAUGGAGGUAAAAACUUUUUAUUCUUACAAAUUAUAUUUAGAAUAUUUUAAUGUUUUGAAAAAACGAUUUGACCCGCCUAUAUUAUUAAUGAAAGAUAAAAUUAGUAACAGAAUGUAUAAACUACAAAGCAAAAGUCUCAUAAAUUAUUUAAAGACUGAACAUUGUAAUUAAAGUUAUACUUGUAUCCAUCUUUGAACAAUAGUACAUUAUUUCAAACAAGAGAUUAGAACUUUUAAUGCGUACUUUAAAAUUAUAAAUGAAAUAUUGUUUUAUUAUCCCAAAAAA